CGCGACAUAUCUUCAACAUGAGAGGCGGCCUAGCUCCCAAUUUACGAUUUUGCCAUCCAUCCGUGCCCUCGACCUUAUUUAUGCAUUGUCACCUCCGACGAUCUAAAAACGGUUCUCUAUUCUUCACUCCACCUCCUCAUCGCCAGCUGCGAUUCUCUCGGUUUCCCUUUCCAUUUGUUGUAGCUUCAUCUUCUUCGAUCAUGGAGGAUACAAUCCGAUCUGCUGAAGCUUCGAAGCCACCCUUCUCCGUGCUAUUCGUCUGCCUCGGUAAUAUUUGCCGGAGCCCCGCUGCGGAGGCGGUGUUUACUGAUAUCGUGAGGAAAAGGGGAUUGGAGUCUAAAUUCAGGAUCGACUCCGCGGGCACCAUUGGUUACCAUGAGGGAAAUCCGGCGGACUCGCGUAUGAGGGCGGCGGCUAAGAAGCGCGGAAUCGAGGUUACUUCAAUCUCCCGGCCGGUACAGCCAUCUGAUUUCAGAGUUUUUGAUCUCAUUCUUGCAAUGGACAUGCAGAAUAGAG